AACACGAUCUAAAACAUGAACACCUAAAAUCACCAAUAAGCUAUACUGAAUGGCAUCGGGGAGAUCUCUUCUCCUCUGGUUGCUCCUCUUGCUGCCGUCGUUUGCCAUUUCCUCGGCAUCGAGCCGUGGCAUCCGUCUUGAGCUAACGCACGCAGACACCCGCGGCGACUUCACGGGGAUCGAGCGCAUCCGUCGCGCUGCCGAAUGGAGCCACCGCCGCGUCAACGGCCUCCUCGCCGCGGCCCCGCCAUCCCCUGCAACGCAGAGCGACGGUGCUGAUGAAUCGGCGGCCGUUCACGCGAGCGCGGCAACGUACCUCGUCGACCUCGCCAUCGGCACGCCGCCGCUACCGAUCACCGCCGUCCUCGACACGGGCAGCGACCUCAUCUGGACGCAGUGCGACGCGCCCUGCCGGAAGUGCUUCCCGCAGCCCACGCCGCUGUACGCGCCGGCCAGGUCGGCGACAUACGCCAACGUGUCGUGCAGCUCGUCGCUGUGCGAGGCGCUCCGAGACCCGAGGCACCAUUGCUCGGCCCCCGAUCCCGGCUGUGCGUACUACUUCUCCUAUGGCGACGGCACUUCCACAGACGGCGCCCUCGCCACCGAGACGUUGACGCUCGGCUCAGGCACCACCGUGCACGGCAUCGCGUUCGGCUGCGGCACGGAGAGCCUCGGCAGCACGGACAACUCGUCCGGUGUGGUCGGGAUGGGAAGGGGGCCACUCUCGCUGGCGUCUCAGCUGGGCAUCAUCAGGUUCUCCUACUGCUUCACGCCCUUCAGCGACAAGGCGGCGAGCCCUCUCUUCCUAGGCCCGUCGGCGACCCUCUCGGCCACCGCCCAGUCCACGCCGUUCGCGCCGAACCCAGCCGGCGGGCGCAGGAGCUCAUAUUACUACCUCACGCUGGAAGGGAUCACCGUCGGCGAGACCCUGCUGCCGAUCGACCCCGCCGUGUUCCAGCUGUCGCCCAUGGGCGGCGGCGGGUUCAUCAUCGAUUCCGGCACGACGUUCACCGCGCUGGAGGAGCGCGCGUUCGUGGUGCUGGUCCGCGCGGUCGCGGCGCGCGUGGGGCUCCCGCUGGCCAGCGGCGCGCACCUCGGGCUCAGCCUCUGCUUCGCUGCACCGGAGGGGAAGACCGAGGCGGUGGACGUGCCGCGCCUGGUGUUUCACUUCGACAGCGCGGACAUGGCGCUUCCCAGGGAGAGCUACGUUGUGGAGGACCGGAACGCCGGCGUGGCCUGCCUCGGGAUGGUGAGCAUGCGGGGGAUGUCGGUGCUCGGCAGCCUGCAGCAGCAGAGCAUGCACUUUCUGUACGAUCUUGAGGGGGGCGUGCUGUCGUUCGAGCCAGCGGAAUGCGGCGAGCUCUAGGAUUGGUGAAAGUCUAUUUUAUUUUAUUUUUGGAAAAAAGAUUGUUGCAAGUUAGUUGUAUCAACGAGGUGACGGCUAGUUUUUUCUUUUAGCAAAAGAGGGUUUCCACGCAGUUGUUACGAUCCCGAGCUUACAUGAGCUUGGGUGGACAGUCUCUACUACCUAAAAGAACCAUAAGGUUCCGUUUCCGUCU